AUGAAGCUCACCCACUCAGAGCUAGAAAGAAUGUUGCUACUGAAGUUAACACAGCAGGUCGCAUCAGAAGGAAUUUGUGAAGCUUCCAUGGCCUCUCAGAUUGAACCUCCUAAUAUCCGCCGCUGUCAACGGUCUGUCGUCUCAUCCACACUCAGGAUUUCAGGGCUCAAUUCGGAUGGAAAAGCCGGCGGCCCCGCAUUUGUAGGCCAGGUCUUCAGCAUGUGCGACCUUUCUGGGACUGGUCUUAUGGCCGUCUCGACCCACUUCGACAUUCCAUUCAUUUCUAAAAGAACACCAGAGUGGCUUAAGAUGUUCUCGACCUUUACUAAGAGUGAAAGAAAUGGCCCCAUGUUCCGCUUCUUUACUGAUUUAGGCGAUGCAGUUACAUAUGUUAAGCGAUUGAAUAUUCCAAGUGCUGUGGUGGGGGCAUGUCGUCUUGAUUUAGCAUAUGAGCAUUUCAAGGAAAAACCUCAUCUAUUUCAGUUCAUUCCAAAUGAGAAGCAAGUUAAAGCAGCAAACAAGCUUCUUAAAUGCCUGUCUCAAAAUGGUGGAAUCAAAAAGAUUGAUGGCGUUCCUGUUUUCGGUGCCCAUAACUUGAAUAUUGCAAUAGCAACUAAUGAUGGGAUAAAGUGUAGGUUCAAGAAGUGAUGGAUGAGAUGGGCAAUCCUGGAAUACCCUUGAGUGUCAUCUCUAAGGUUGCUGAAAUGCAGCUUCUUUAUACCGUCGAUAAAGUAAUUCUUGGAAAUAGAUGGUUGCGUAAAGCUGUCGGUAUUCAGCCCAAGUUCCCUUGCAUGGUCGACUCAUUCGAGAGACGGAGUGCAACUUCUCUCCUAAGAAUCUCAGAGUCUGCUAAGCAGGCCGAAGAACUUCAGUGUUAUAGCUCAUCAGCCCUCAACAUUCAAGAUAAUAGGGAAGCCAAUCAAGAAACUAAGCAACAAUCCUUCAAUCCUUUUAGAAAUUUGUGGUCAAAACAACGCCAAAGAGAUGACAUUCGUCACGAAUAUAUGAAUCAAAACGUGCAGGCAAGUCCUUUUCUUCCCAAAAUAACAAUGGUUGGUGUCUCUACUGGUGAAUCAGGGGACACGAGUAAAGCCAAUUUAAAAAAGACAAUGGAAGAUUUGACUAGAGAACUAGAGAAUAUAGAUCAGGGUAAUCCUACUAGUCCUAACGAGUACGAAUUCGACAACGAAGAACGUGAUCCAUUAUUUGUUGCAAAUGUCAGUCAUUUCUGCUCUGGUUCGGCACGGUGGGAUCAUAGAUGCAAGCGGUAGGUUUGGGCUGUUACAAUUUGACCAAAUGGAUUCAUAAGCGAGACAGGCUGCUGCUGCUUGUAAGUAUUACAAAUCUAUUUCUCUGUUCUAUUCUUACAUGGCUCCAAAACUGCAAUGAUUGUUUGUUCAAUUCCAGUAGUGUCUGUCUGUUGAUAUGGAAUUGGAUUUGAAAGAAUUGUGUGCUAAAGAUUAGAUAUUGCUUCCUUUUUUGUGGCGAAGCCUUUACUGAAA